AAAGGGAAGAAAGUAAUAUGGCUUCCACAAUGGAAGAAGAAGAGAGUGAGUUGUUGGCCAUGCAAAUGGUGGGUGCUUCUGUUACUCCCAUGGUGUUGAAAGCAGCUAUGGAUCUUCAUGUGUUCGACAUAAUAGCCGAAGCUGGAACCGGCGCAUGCCUCUCCCCUCUAGAAAUCGCAUCUCGGCUCCCCACUCAGAACCCAGAUGCGCCCCGUCUCCUCGAUCGUAUGCUGCGUCUUCUGGUUUCCCACUCUCUCCUCACUUGCACUGUGAUCAGCCAUGACCACAGGAUCUAUGGCUUGGCAUCUGCUUCUAAACUGCUUAUUAAGGAUAAGGAUGGAGGGUCCUUGGCUCCCAUGUUUCAUAUUGUCCAGGAUCAGGCUUCCAUUAAGAGCUGGUACUACUUGAAGGAAUCGAUUCUAGAAGGAGGUGAGCGUCCAUUCUAUAGGGCACAUGGAGAGAGCGCAACGGACUACGUUUUGAAGGACCCUAAAAUGAAGGAGGUUUUAGGAAGCUUACAGUUAGAAUACAAUGUGCCCUUCAUGAAGAAGUUUCUUGAUACAUAUAAAGGGUUUGAAGGCCUGCAAGUUCUGAUUGAUGUUGGCGGAGGGGUUGGACAAGUCCUCAGCAUGAUCAUCUCCAAAUAUCCAUCUAUCAAGGGCAUCAACCUCGAUCUUCCUCAUGUCAUAGAAAGAGCUCCAUCUUAUUCAGGCGUGGAACAUGUUGGAGGAGAUUUGUUUAUAAGUAUUCCAAAGGGCGAUGCAAUUCUCAUGAAGAAUAUAAUUCACCAUUACAGUGAUGAACAAUGCUUGAAGCUACUGAAAAAUUGCUUCGAAGCGUUACCAGAUUUUGGUAAGGUGAUUAUUGUGGAUUUGGUUGUCCCAACAUUUCCAGAGACAAAUGUUGCUAUUAAGAACAUCUUACAAAUGGAUAUGUUCAUGUCAACUAUGCGGAAUCCUAUCGGAAAGGAGAGGACAGAAGAAGAAUAUACUGUUUUGGCGAGAGAAGCUGGAUUUGACCAUACUAGUGUCACAUAUUGUGCUUACACCUUUUCCGUCAUGGAAUUCUAUAAAUAA